GUGCAUCGGCAACAACAAGGCAAGCCAUCAAGAGGUCAACGAGUCAACCAUAUCUCAUCUCUCUGGAUAUACCGUACGGCACCCUAUAACGAUUCUAGCGCAAUUKCCGCGAUUUCAUUUCAUUGCCACACUACAAGGACCGUGCUACGGACGAAAGCCAUUGGCGAGCCAGAAGCAGGUUAUAAUUAGCCAGAGACGUUACAAGCAGACAGACAAACGAACAGAACCAUGAUGCUGAAAUUGCUGUCUUCCAGGUCGGUAGCGCAGCGCGCGAGAGGCGCCGUCGCCCGCCGYGGCAUCCACAGCCGCAGAAAGAUGAAAAACCCCGUSGMCCUCCCCAAGGCCCUGGUCGCCCAUUUCCCCGUGAAGCAAACGGCCCCUGGCAAAGCGGAGGAGAAYCCGGCUUCGGAGGAACCUCUCUACAGUUCCCCCGUGACGUCGGCCCACGCCAUCGACCUCGAGAAGGAGGCCGUGUCCACCCUGGACUCGGCCGCCAUCGAUCCGAGCGGCAAGGUCGUCCACGGUCGGUACGGAGAACUCGACGCGGAUGCCGUCCUGGGCGUUCCCCUUGAAUACCUCGCCCUCCUGCGYCACGCGGCCGAGGGCGCCGCCGGUCUGUCUAAGCUGGGAGGCAAGGCCGGAACGGUCCUUGUCUACGGAGCCAGCCAGGCCAACGGCUUUGCGGCGGUCCAGCUGGCACAAACCGGAAGCGCCAACGCCGUGGUGGGCGUCGUCGACGGGCAGCACUCCGGAAACGAGGACAUGGUGGAGUACGUCAAGGGGAUGAUCCCGGAACCGGGAACGGCCGUCACCCAGGAAUACGCGAUCGCCAAGAAGAACUUUAUCGACCUGGUGGACGGGAUYUCCGGGGGCGACGAGCAGCUCGCUUCCUACACGGCGGCCGAGUGCCUCGAGGAUUUCAAGGCCAAUCUUUCCGCCUACGCCGAGRCCUACCCCGAUACCAUGCCGGCGGCGGUCAACUCGUCCCAGAUCAAGUUUUUGGGAAUGGAAAAGGACAAGGACCAGUUCCGGGCCAACAUGGACGCCUACCUCUCCCAGUUCAACCCGGGAUCUCCCCCCGUCGAYGAGGGACARCUGCAGACGAACUUUUCGACCGACCAGUACGAGGUCUUYCGAAACAAGUUCUGGGAACAAACCACGAACGUCGUUUCCGGAGACGAGUCGCACUUCUUUUCUCCCCCGCACAUCGUCCAGGACCUCAUGAAGGAACCCGAGUCYAAGCCGGCUCCGCUCUCGACCGGGGCCUUUGAAAAGUCCAUCCCCUUUUCCUUUUCSACUCUCAAGCAGGAAUACCCGACCGGAACGGAGGCGGACGCCGGCGGACCCGUCGUCGGUGCGAUCAUUUCCGUCACGCCCGACCUCAAGAUCGCCGCGGACGCCGUUGCCAAGGCCGGAAGCCUCCGCGAGAAGGCCGAGGCCCUGGAAUUCCUGACCGAUGCCCAGAAGGACGCCUUUGCGGCGGCCACCUCGGUGGCCUCACAGGCCCAAAAGGCCGGAGCUCCCGUAGUUGCCAUUGGAGGUAAGAUUCAACAGACGACGUUCAUCGAUUAGAUUGUUUGUUUUCAUWGCUGUUGUUGCCRWUGAGCAUUCUGUGUUUCUGUUGCAGCAAGCCCCAAACGAGGAAAUUUUGCGUGCUGGGCUAGAAAUUCGUGGUUCGCCAUGGUGCCUGUCAUCUAACCGAAAAGAUGUCUGUUUUCUUUUUCGUGCCCAUUGAAUUUUUCGGAACAUCGAACGCAAACCACGCAAACUGUUCAUCCCAUCGGAUCUCUCGCAACAGGAACCCUGCCCGGAAUCGAAACGGCCGAACCCACCGACGCGGACGUCGCCACGGCCCUGUCGGCGAUGGCCAUCCAGGACGACGGUUCCACCAACCUGGAUUAUUUCAUCCAGGCCUAUCGCGCGGGYGAUUUCCCCUUCUACGCCGACUACGCCGUUCACAGAGCAACGGAGCCCCUGGCCGGACCCCGGCAGAUCGUUGUGACCAAAUAAUAAUACAACCAGGCGAGCGGGCGAAUAGACCAACCAAUGAGCGGCGACGGAAGGAAGGGAUCCGGCAAUCGAUUUCUGGGUCGGUGAGUUGUUGGGUGGUCUUUAAUGUCAACCAACCAGCGUGCGAAUCGAAAACAACCAGAUGAGAGGGAGCGAAGGAUGUUGUGUCUCUUUCGGAUCGAUGCWCACACUUUAUGCUGUUCUCGCGGGAGCAGUUGCGGUUUCGUGAGAACGGAAUCACACCCAAAGCAAAUAAUAAAAUAACAUAARAAUAAAAGAGUUUCCCGUCA